GCGCAAGCGCAGUGCGGUGUUUGUCUGAGGGUCGGACGGGCGGGAGGUGCGCGGCGGCGGAGGCGGCGGGGAAGAUGGCGGCGUCCUCCCUGGAGCAGAAGCUAUCCCGCCUGGAGGCGAAGCUGAAGCAGGAGAACCGCGAGGCCCGGCGGAGGAUCGACCUCAACCUGGAGAUCAGCCCGCAGCGGCCCAGGCCGAUUAUUGUGAUCACUCUAAGCCCUGCUCCUGCCCCGUCCCAACGAGCAGCUCUACAGCUCCCUCUAGCCAAUGAUGGGGGUAGCCGAUCACCUUCCUCCGAGAGCUCCCCUCAGCAGCCCACCCCACCAGCUCGGCCCCGGCACAUGUUGGGGCUCCCAACACCACUGUUCAUGCCACGCAGCAUGGAGAGCAUAGAAAUUGAUCAGAAGCUGCAGGAGAUUAUGAAGCAGACAGGAUACCUGACCAUUGGAGGCCAGAGGUACCAGGCAGAGAUCAACGACCUAGAGAACCUGGGCGAGAUGGGCAGUGGCACAUGUGGCCAGGUCUGGAAGAUGCGAUUCAAGAAGACAGGCCACAUCCUCGCUGUCAAGCAAAUGCGCCGCUCUGGAAAUAAGGAAGAAAACAAACGAAUUCUCAUGGAUCUGGAUGUGGUGCUCAAGAGCCAUGACUGUCCAUACAUUGUUCAGUGCUUUGGGACCUUCAUCACCAAUACAGACGUCUUCAUUGCCAUGGAGCUUAUGGGCACCUGUGCUGAAAAGCUAAAGAAGAGAAUUCAAGGGCCCAUCCCAGAGCGGAUUUUAGGCAAGAUGACUGUGGCUAUUGUUAAGGCGCUCUACUACCUGAAGGAGAAGCAUGGUGUGAUCCACAGAGAUGUGAAGCCCUCCAACAUCCUGCUAGAUGAGCGGGGCCAGAUCAAGCUCUGUGACUUUGGCAUCAGUGGCCGUCUGGUAGACUCCAAGGCCAAGACGAGAAGUGCUGGCUGUGCGGCUUACAUGGCGCCGGAGCGGAUAGACCCUCCAGAUCCCACCAAGCCUGAUUAUGACAUCCGAGCAGAUGUGUGGAGCCUGGGAAUCUCACUGGUGGAGCUGGCGACGGGGCAGUUCCCCUACAAAAACUGCAAGACUGACUUUGAGGUCCUCACCAAGGUCCUGCAGGAAGAGCCGCCCCUUCUGCCCAGUAAUAUGGGCUUCUCGGUGGACUUCCAGUCCUUUGUUAAAGACUGCCUUACUAAAGAUCACAGGAAGAGACCAAAGUACAAUAAGCUACUUGAACACAGCUUCAUCAAACGAUAUGAGAUGUUGGAAGUGGAUGUGGCGUCCUGGUUCAAGGAUGUCAUGGCGAAGACAGAGUCCCCCCGGACUAGCGGCAUCUUGAGCCAACAUCACCUUCCCUUCUUCAGCUGCAGCAGGGGCUAUGCCACCCCGGCCCCAAGACGUACCAGUCUUCCACUCGCCUCCCCCCAUGCUGGCGGACCAGAUGUCACAUGGAGCUGGGGAGGGAGUACGGAAACAUGGACAGCCACAGAGAGCUGAAGACAAAGUGGGGGCCCUCCAGACCCGCCUCCCCCCACCCCCUGCCUUUCAGCUGAGGACAAACUGGCACCACUUGGGCCUCCGGCUCCUUUCCUGGGGGAGAGCUGUACGCCCCCCUCCCCCUGACACUGUGAACAGAAGAUGGAAGACAGGUCCACCAUUAGACUCUAUUUAUUCAGUUGUAACCUCUGGGCUUGGGUGGGCUCCUGGAGGCCCAGGAGAGAGCUGCCUGAAUCCUUAUUCUCUUUGCCCUCUCUCCUGCCCACUCUUCUGGCUUGAAGAUUCAAUUUGCAAGCCACAAGGGCUGGGGUAGGGUGGCCUGGGAGGGGUUGCUUGCUGCUCUG